AUGACAAAAGCCGAAGUCGACGCCCUCGCAACAACGAUCGUAGAGGUGGCAUCGAUUACGAGCCACGAAGAAUCACAGCCUGACAUUGGAGAAGCAUGCACGACAAAGCAGAUCGACGAGAAAGAGGAGGACCAGAACCAUCCAAAGGGCAUCAAAUUCGCAUUGCUAUACACAUGCAUCCUCCUCGGAUGUUUCCUGGUCGGAUAUGACAAUGCGUGCCUUGCCGUUCUUGCUCCAGUCAUCACGGACGAUUUCAACGCCCUCACGAACAUCGGGUGGUAUGCAGUUGCAUACUUGCUCUCUAUGAGCGGUACGCUGUUGAUAUACGGCAAACUCUACUCCUUCUAUUCUAUGAAGAGGAUGUUCCUAGGCUCGUUGUCCAUCUUCCUCGUCGGAAAUAUCGUGACCGCGUCCGCACCCACGUCUCCAGUCUUCAUUUUUGGGCGAGCACUGAGUGGGUUGGGAGCUGCGGGCGUUUUCGCCGGAGGGUCAAUUCUGAUUGCACACACAACAACACUGCAGCAGCGACCGCUGUACAUUGCGACUAUGGGAAGCGUCGAAUGCACCGCCCUCGCAACCGGGCCCUUGAUCGCCGGAGCCAUCGCACACGCGGCGAAUUGGCGCCUUUGCUUCUACAUCUGCAUCCCGAUCACAGUGUUCAUCAUGAUCACCGUAUUUCUCUGCGUUGGAGAUAUCCGCAUAUCAGAGUACCAGGGCCUGAAUGGCAAGGAGAAGCGACAACGCAUGGACUUACCAGGCUCUGCUGUCAUCCUCAUGGCCGCACCGUGUCUUGUGCUUGGCCUCGAAUGGGCAGGGACAACAUAUGCUUGGGCCAAUUGGAGGAUUGUUCUCCUCUUCACCCUUGCAGGCAUUUUGUCCCUGGUGUUCAUCUACGCGGAAUAUCGAGCGGGGGACAACGGCAUCGUUCCGUUGAAAAUGGUUCGACGGCGCACCGUUGCUUUGUCCGGUAUCGUGGUGUUUUGCAACGUCGGAGCCUUGUCCGUGAUUGCAUACUACAUUGCCAUCUACUUCCAGGCAGUGCGCGGAGCAACAACGCUAGGAUCGGGUAUAAUGUAUCUUCCAUUGGCCGUCUCGAUGGCCAUCACUGCGCUGCUCGGCGGCAAACUCACCAGCUUCAUCGGAUACGCCAAUCCCACUCUCCUGCUCGGCGCAGCACUCGAAAUCGUCGGUUCCGCACUCAUGACUACUCUCCAACCCAACACUCCCGCCGUGAAAUGGAUCAUUUAUCAGAUUGUGUACGGCAUUGGCAUCGGACUCGGCUUUCAGCCACCAUACGUCGCGGUCCAAGCUACCCUGAAGAGCUCAGAAAUCCCUACGGCACUUACUACGUUGGCGUUUCUGCAGACCAAUGGAGGCAUUGUGAUUCUGGGGAUCGCCGGUAACGUUUUCUUCACGCGACUGAGUCGCAACCUCGAAGCAGCCGUUCCGACUCUCGAUGCCGCGACCGUUCUAAGCGGAGGCGCGCUCAAUGUCGUCCGCUCUGUCCCGGAAAAGUAUCGCGAACAAGCGCUUGAAGCGUACAGUGCGACAUUGUCCAACGUGUUUUACAUCUCGCUGGCACUGUCUUGCGUGAUUGGAGUGUGCGCGCUUGGGAUCGAGUGGAAGUCGAUCAAAGAAAAGAAGCAGUCAGAAGAGGGCGGCGAAGCAUAG